AUGCAGGUCUGGGCUGUGACUCUGGAUGAGAAUGCAGCGGCUGCAUUUCAGCUAUAUCAGCGGGGCCUUGAGCUUGUGGAUGCGGAUUCCAGGCAGCGCCUCCAACGAUUUUACCACAAAAUAGACAGUAUUCGAGGCCUGAUCGGACGUCUCCUGCCGCGCAUGCUACUCAUACAACAAGGGAUCACUCCAGAUGGCAUGACAUUCGGACGGACAGAAUCCGGAAAGCCCUACAUAAGUAGACAAUCUAUGCUUCAGUUCCCAAUUGGCUACAACAUCACACAUGACAGUGGACUAGUUGCUAUGGCGUAUGAUUGUAGUCCCGGUCUGUACCAUGAUCCACCAGCAUACAGGAUCGGCGUAGAUGUCAUGAAGUUGCAGCUACCCAGACGUGAAACGUUUGCUGGAUUUGUGACUAUCGUCAACGACCAGCUAACUCCACUAGAGCGCAAUAUUCUUUUGCUACCAUCCCUCCAGGAAACGGAAGCACUCCGACGCUUCUAUCUCAUCUGGACGUUGAAAGAGGCGUACACGAAAGCGCUCGGCCUCGGCCUUGGCUUCGACUUCAGUCGCAUCGAGUAUGAUGUGCCUCGGAAUCGGGUCCGCAUUGACGGAGUGGUUCCGCAAGGAUGGCGAUUCGUCCGCUUUCAAUUGGCGCACUCGCGUUCUACUGGACAAGACGUAUAUGUGGGUGUGGCAGCCGAGUAUACUGGGGGCGAGCAGGAUGGGUGCGUGGUUGAGGAGGGCCAGCCUGAUGCGUGGUUGAAAGUCGAUGACGCGGUAACAUUCCUUGAGAAGGCUCUGGGGACGUAGUAGUGAGGAUGUUCUGUUUUGGCGAAUAUACCUGUGACUGCUCAAUGC